UGAUGAAAAAUAUUUCUAUUUCAAAGUUGCCAAAACAUAAAGUCGUUCUUGAAUAAUGUCAAACCUUAUUCAAAUCAAAAAUCAGAAUCGAAAAAAUGUCAAUAGACGUUUUAUGCAACCCCACUGAAAUAGAUUACAACGAAUUGGAAGAUUAUGAAGCCGACCCUUUGAUUAUAUGUCACAAAGACUUCCUGUCCAAAGUUACCGGUCCCAUUUUUGAAAAACCCAACGAAACCGUCGAGCAAGAUGAAAACAAAAAGCUUGUCUUCGAAAUCGACGAAUGGUACCCCUUUUGCAACAGUUACUACCCCCAUUCCGAAGAAGUGGAUCCCUUCGCCAGAGUGAAUCAUCUUUUAGGAUUGAAAUCCGCUUCAUCGAGCACCUCUUGCUUGAAAGGUGUAAAGGAGGAAGGAUCCCACAGAAAAUUUCAUUAUUCGAUACGGCAAUCUCAAAUAGAUUAUCUGAGCUCUAAACCACUAUCCUUUUUGAUACUAGGCAAACCAUCAAUAGGAGAAGAAGACCUCGGCAAACAGUUGGCUGAGUACUGGAAGUGCGUCUAUUUAGACCCAGAAACCCUGAUCAGAGAUGAGAUAGAGUCCGGGUCUCGAGCCGGCCAGUGCAUAGAGUUCAAUCUCAAGUGUGGCAGAGCCAUAGGCAUCGACGUCAUCCUGAGGCUCGUCAAGAAAAGAGUGAAAACCGAAUCUGUGUUACACAGGGGUUUCGUUCUCUGCGGGUUACCAGUGAUACCCAACGACCUCUACGAAGAAGACCCCGUAUCUGCCGAAUCUGCCAUCUUCACAGUCCAGGAGAUAUUCGAAGAGAUCAUGGACAAUUUUUACUACGCCAUAGAAGCACCGAUUCAGAACCUGCUGCUCUCAACACCUAGAUUCCGGAGCAUCGAGGACACGAGCGGUAGCGUCAGGGCGUCGAAGGUGGAAUUCGGCGAGCCCGAGUUCAACGAAAGCGUCCCUGUGGAGACAUUAGAAAAGGCACGUUCGAAUCUGGAUGCUACCAAAGAACCCGUACACGCUCCGAUAAGCCAAGAGAUCCCACCGGAUCUCGGAGAUGUUCAAAUAGACAUCUGCGAACCUCCAGAAAUCGGCACUAACUACAAAGAUCAGUUCGAAUUGAUUAUGGAUCAAUUCGACGGUCCGUUCAUGAUCGUGUACAUGUUCUGCGAUAAUCAGGACGUUAUAGACAGACGGGACCAGUAUAGGUACGACAUAUACUCCGAAACUGUUGUCGACUUGCUGAAGGAAAAAACCGAGAAGAACCUCAUCUCUCUCAUCGGCAAAAAGAACCAGUUGGGUUUGGCAGGUAUAAGUCCGAUAGAUGAAAUAUUCGAGAACUUGUCUGGAAUGACUAAAGACAGUUCCGAGUUGAUCCACCUCGUAAAACUACCUAGAGACUUCCCGGCGCAUGUGCAGACGCAACUGCAACGUUUCCACGAUAUAGCCGUUAAACUUAUCGAAGCUCAGAUUUUGAACCAUAACCCGGAGUACUUCCUCAAAGUGGACGGCAGGACCACUAUCAGUCGCAUCUUCAACUCCGUCAAGUGGAAAUUAAGGGCUGCCAACGUUCAGAGGGUUAUUUUACCGGAAAAACUAGUAUCAGGUGAAGCGAUGGGAGUAGAAGGAGAAGACGUCGACGUUCCUAAGAACAUCAACUUCGAAAACAUGGACAAGUGCUUCAAGGACUUCUGCCGGAGGAAGAUUGUCAACCCUAUGUUCAAAUGGGAAUACAGCGAUUGGGGUCCUCGUUGUCCAGUCGCCAUGACCGAAGGAAACUACCAAGAAGGCGAUCCAGCUCACGCUGUCCAGUUCAUGAACAGCAUCUUCUUCCUUUCCAGUCAGGACGCCUUCGUUAGGUUUUACAGGAACCCGAGACCGUUCUUACUCCCUCCGAAUCCCAGGUCGCACGGAAAACUGUACGUGAUUGGUCCAGGAUGUUCUGGAAAAACCGCGGUGUCAAAUUGCCUCGCUCAUCUCCUCAAGUGCAACGUACUCUCUCCAGCCGAGUUGUACAAGAACUUCGUCAACCAGAGACGGGAAAAUCUGAUAGACAGAAUGAUGCAGGCUAUGAUCACAGACAAGCUCACGAUCUUGAACAGAGAGACCUUGCGAAAGCACGAACUGGAAAGGCUCAUUCUGGAGGAGAAGGUGCACAUUUGGCUGUCCAAGUUCCGCGACUACAUCGAGAACGAGAUACUCAAAGCGAAAAAAUCGAAGUCAGACGUACAUCUGCAACUCUCGUCCUUUCCCGUGCUGAUGGGUUUUAAAGUCAAUAGAGACGAAAUAGAGAGAGAGGUACCCUUCGAAGGUAUUUUCUUGAACGAAAACAUUGCCAAAGAACUCUUGGAGCAUCCGGAUAAGAUGAGGAGUUAUCUGCCUGAAGAGCUACGCAAACAGGUGAAAGACUUUGUUCCUGUUACCGUUCUGGAAGAAGACGUCCUAAGAGAUUUUGAACAAAUCGUGAGAAGUUCCGAUAUAGACGAAAUCGUACUUGGCGAAGAAGAUCUUCUGGAGAUGUAUGGAGCGGCCAUAAGACAAGAAGAAAACGAGUACAUGCUGCGAAAUAAUUGUAGAGGUGGCUGGAUAAUUGACGGCUCGACUUACGACUUGAAUUUCUUCCAGCGGGUUUACGACGAAUGUCCCCCAGAUCAUGUCAUCAUCUUGGAGGAUUCCUCCGGUGGUAGUUUCCUCGUUGAUCGCUACAAGAAGAGGGGCGCUAAUAUUUUCACAGAGUACCGUGAAUUCUUUCGUAGUAUCGGCCGCCAUGAGGUCGCUGAAAGUAUCGUCGAUCAAGACUCAGAUCUCGUGAAAGAAAGGUUAGUGGAAGAUAUUUUAGGAGAUAUUUUGACACAAAGACAAUUUCUCGUCGAACCUGGCGAUCCGGAAGAUGUCGCCGAAGAAAUUCUUCUCGAAAGGAGGGAGUCGCAAAUCAACUACAAGAACGAACUCCAAGAAUUCGAGAAGGCCAAGCCGCUAAUACUUGGUUUUCUGGAAAAUUUGAAAAAGGAUGUGAUUGUGGUGGACGUUCAGAACAAAUCCUUAGUAGAUGUGAUGAAAGAGGUAAUUUCUUCGUUCGAAGAUAGAUAUCGUCUACCAGCGGAAGUAUUCGACGAUUUCGACCGUUUAGAGGAAGCUCGGGAUUUCGGAUAUGUUGCAGAUGCUGAGGGCGCUGGUGAAGGUGUGGAUGUGAAAGGGCAAGAAGAAUUCGAAGCUAACAGACGAUACGGCGAUACGUAUGAUUUUUGUCCAGUUACCUUUCACGAUAAGUGGGUGCUGUGGAGAGGCAAGAAAGAAUUCAUGGCUAAAUUCCAGGCUAAAAUCUACUUCUGUUCGAACAAAGAAGAUCUUGAUGCCUUCCUGCAAAAUCCAAGACGGUAUUUGCCUAUAGAUAAGCCGUUCGAUUCUUUUCCUCCACCUAGGAUAUGCGUGGUGGGCAAUGCUAAGUCUGGAAAAACUUCCGUCGCAAAAACAAUAUCCAAAAACUUCGCUAGUUGCUACUUAGACUUUAUGGAAUACUUGAGGAGCAAAGGAGCAGAGAAAGAAACCAGUAAGAACUAUCCGAGCAUACAAGAAUACCUGCAAAUAGAUACACCGCUCAGUGAGGAACUGCUUCAAGAAUUCCUAUAUCCUCUUUGGUUCGGGGAGCCUUAUAAAACCAUGGGUGUCAUCAUCGACGAUUUCCCUAAGCGACCGUCAGACAUCACCUUCAUGAUACAACAUAAAACUAUACCGGACAUCAUAAUCUACUUGAAAGUACCGAAGAAAGUGCUUGGUCAGAGAACAAUCGAGAAGGAACUGGAAGUCUGGGAUGUUCAAGUGCAAGCUGAGCGUUCCAAACGCCACGAAGAACAUCUCGAAGCGCUCUCAAAAUGGGAGAACAUCAGAAAAGAGCGCUUCGAACAACUCAUGGAGUCAAAGAGACAGAAAAGAUACGCUGAAAAAAAACAAAUAGAUAAGGACAACAAAGACGAAAAAGACUCUCAACCUUCUAGGCCGUACAUGGAAGAUUUGAAAGAGACAGACGAGGAAAAAUCGACCAUCUAUUCAAAAUCGCAGGUGUCCUUCGACUCCGUUGCCGAACAAGAGGACAUGGACGAGGUGAACAAACUGUUGUCUGAAGAGUUGCCUGAACCGUUGUUCGACGUAAACAUCGAAGAACUAUCAGAUGUAACUAACAGGAUCAAGGUGGAAUUCGACGAUAGAUUCUCGAAAGAAACAGAAUACCUUAGAGUCAUCAGGGAACUCAUCUUGGCCGCACCAAUACCAUGGGAAGAACUGGCGUCAGAAAAGAAGUUGGAAGUUACACAGUACGCCGCUCUUCUAUCAGUGGACAGGUACAACUUCAGAAAUAGAUCGUUCUUCGAAAGGACCUACGAAAUUUCCAUAGAAGUAGCGGAAAGGCUGUUGGCCUGUGGUUUCUAUUUCCUCAGCAUGUUCGGUAGAACUUGCCCCAUUCAGUACCACAACGACGAUAUCAGAGUUCAACUGUUCAUACCGAUGGAACAGCAAUUCAACGUCUUCCCCUUCAUCCACAGGCAGUAUAUUUAUUUCAUCGUUGGUAAAGAGGCUAGAGAUAUGUUUCGAAAGGACCCCUUGAAAUACGUCGACAUAGAGAAGUUCAACUUUCCCCUUCUACCGGUAAGAAUAGCCGUGAUAGGACCUCCGAAAUGCGGUAAAAGCGCUUUGGCUGAUCGUUUCCGGACGGAGCUAGGUCUUAAGGUCAUCUCUAAAGGUCAGGCGGCUAGGUACGUGAAAAAUUACAUGCCUUACUCGGUUCUUGGCAAUGCAAUGGAGACUCGGCUAAGGCAGGGUCUAGAGCUGAAGGAGAAGAUGGUGUUGAGUUGCGUAGAGGCAGCAACUUAUGAUCCAAGGGCCAUCACUCAAGGUUUUCUGAUGGAUGGGUUCCCGAACAGCGCCAAGGAAGUCAAAUAUCUGACCUCGAUGGGUCUUAUGCCGCAACUUGUUAUUGAUCUCUUCACCGAAGAUCCCGUCGUGUACGACUACGUGUUCAAUGAGGCUCUGAAGAUGUUCGCUCCUCCUUACAGCAAACACUUCCUGGAGUACAGAUGCGAGCUCUGGGAGUCCGAUCAGGAAGCGUUCAGGUCAUGGUUGGACAAAGAGUACCAGAACAUGGCGAGGGUCGCGAUCAACACCUGUAUGUGGGACAUUUGGGAAAGAGCGUUCGAUUUCGUAAAGGCGGCUGUGUACGAAAACAAGCACUACUUCAUCCAUUGCAGGGACGGUUGGCCCCUACGCUUGGCGAACAUGCUGGUAACGCCGCUGGAGUAUAUGGAACGCGAGAGCUCCUACAAAACUUACUGUCCGUGCUGCUUGUACCAUUUCAACAAGUUGGAAUCGGGUGGUUUCCCUCCAGAUCGAACCGGACUGGUCCAUUUCCGGAAGCACUAUUAUUACGUCUGUCCGGAUCACAUCGAAGAGUUCCUGGAGACUCCCUGUCAGUUUAUCCCGCCCUACAACCCCAACAAACUCCCGCCUGAUCUGCCCAAGAAGCUCGAACUGGAGAACGUACCGGAUGACGUUUACCAGAACGGUUACUGCGUCGUGUGUUGCAAGGAAGACAUGAGGAGCGUAAAGGGGAAUUUGAAGUUCGCCACCAAAUUCGGGAACUACGUCUAUCUUUGCGAUUCCUCCAACUGCGAAACGAAGUUCAUGGCGUCGCCGAUGGCCUAUUUUAACGUCACGAUCACCUUGAAGGAUGACAUCAAAUAUCCUUCGUUGAGUUACAAGGACCUUCCGCCGCUCGGAGCCCUGGAACAGUUCGUGGCCAAAGACGUGAUUAACGCCAUCAAGUCCACGGCCACCCUUCGUCCCGUUUUACCAGGAUUGACCAUACAGCAGUCCGCUUUGGUGGUGAUGGCGAUGAACCUGAAGAUCAACAACGAACUUCUCCAGGAAACGGAGAGGGAAAGCUAUAAGAAGGCUUUGGAGUUGACGAAGGACCGGAGGAAGAAGAUGUUGCAGUUCUUGGAGAUAUUCAGGAAGUACAGGAAUCCGUUCAUCUACUACGAAGAGCCGGUGCCUGCGUUGAGGAUCACGGAUUGGAUAAAGGAGAGGUUCGGGAACAGAGUGCCUGCUUGGUCUUACACGGAGAUUCAUCCGGACAAGGCUUUCGAUUUGUUGGAGCAGGAGAAGAAGGAAUUGGAUGAAUGAUUUAUGUUGUUCUGUUUUGUUGAAUAAAACUUAAGUUCAAUCUCUUUUUAAUUGAAAUUUUCGAUUA